AUGUCAGCUACACCAACAACACUGUCGACUUUGGCGCAGCGUUUCCGCGAGCUGGAUUCCAACGGUGAUCACAUUCUGUCAACCGCAGACGCGGACGUGACUGAACAUGACCUGCAGAGUCUGCGCGCUGCGGCGAGUAGUGCCGGUUUACCAGCAGUGAGCACCUCUGGGACCUCCGAGGACCACGAUAAGCUGGCGUCUGAUGCGGAAAAGGUACUCUUCUCUCAGCCACAGAAUUCCAUCAUGAAGUUUCGCGCGCCCGAAUAUGUAGAAACGAAUACCUCCAGGAGAGCGAAUUAUUCAUAUGUAAGCAAGAAUAAGAAGCUCGUAACUAAAAGAACUUCGCUCACCGACAGGCCAAGGGCAUUUCUUUCGGCGAGUUUGUGGACGGCUGCACGGUGGCUCUCGCCGCGGCGGAGUCGAAGGAGGAAGAUGCGAAAGCGCAUGCGAACCCGGCAGGGGCAACAUCCGCCUCGUCCCCCGCAGAAGGAAUGAAGGAAUCCGUGGACGGCGAGAACAGGCCACGCGAGCAGGUGCUGCACCAAUCGCAAUCCGCAUCGCUUCUCCAGGUGAGAAAAGAUAAAGAAGCGAUGUCGGUCUUUGGUUUGACCACAAUGUGCUGCGAUGUAUCAAUGGGGAAUAACAUUAGUAGUUGCGGAAGCCCGAGGAGUUCCGUCAGUGGCAGCACAAUGACUUCAAGGAGUUCACUAAGCAUACCCACAGCGAUGUCAACGUCCCGUAAAGCUGCAAGCUCGAAAGCUGGUGCCUCGCUUCCUCCUACCGCGGAGCAGAAAGCUCUUCCUCCUUCGGAGCAGAAACCACGGGAACGGGAUUGGUGGGAUAGUUUUAUCGACCGCGGAUAGAAGACUUCGUUUCUUCUUGUUCAGCUUCAACUUCAUCCUCUUUUCACGACAAUGCUCGUGUAAUGUGGACGAGCAGCAGCAGCUUCCCACGCAUGCGAUAAUGAGACUGAGAGGUCGUAGGAGGGAACUCUAACGCGACAACGCCGAAAAGAACACAUGACUCAGAGCAAUUCUUUUGCUUCUUGUUCCCAGACUUGAACUUGUACAUUUUAGUUUAUUUCAUCCAAUCAUCAACCCGAAGCCGUGGUGAUAGACGAACAGUGCUCCCAGUGAAAAUGUGGAUCAGCGAUAAAAAAGGCUGCGCUUGUGAAGUUGAGCACCGCGGUGAAUGAAGGUAUUAAAAACUAUUCAGUUAUCACAGUUUCUCGAAGAUGUGUACUUAGCAUCAGGAAGAUAGUCGUCAUGAACUACUCAGUGAUUUUCUCUACUGGAUGCAGCCCCCCAGCUGCUGCAGCUGCAGACGUGAUUGGAUAUGUUUCAAACAGAGCAACAGGAGCUUGAACUUGUAGUUUGAGAAGCCUCCUUAUGUCAAGAAUCAUGGACAGCUACAGGUACAGACUUUGAAUUAUUUCAGCAAAAGGAUUGUUUUAUCUUCGUGAUACGCAAAAUAAAGUCAGUUUCACUUUCACGCACGAACCGGUCGUGGAUGAAAAUCAUGCAGUUUGAUGCAGUUGCUCUGAGAGACAGGAAAAAUUUGAAGUUUCGAAUUUCAGAGUUAGAGUUUUAUCUGUAAGAG